AUGAAACUCCUCACCAGUCUAGCGGCGAUCGUGUCCGUCUCGCAGGCUUUCGUUCUGCCAGCAGAGCGUCUAUCGUCCGAAUUAUCGACCAUUGAAGAAAGACAGACCGCCGAUCCAGAAUGCGUUCACGGCCCACAGACUCGUCGAUGCUGGUCUGGCGGGUACAGCGUCGCCACGGACUUCGAUCUCAAGCAUCCUGAGACUACUGUGACACGAUCGUACACCUUGACGAUAACAAACUCGACAUGCAAUCCGGACGGCAACGGAGAGCGUCUUUGUCAAUUGAUCAAUGGUCAAUACCCAGGACCAACAAUCACUGCCGACUGGGGUGAUCUCCUCUCCAUCAAGAUUAUCAACAAGCUUGAAGACAAUGGAACCGCGAUCCACUUCCACGGCGUGCGCCAGCUCAAUACCUGCGGUGCGGACGGUGUCCCAGGUAUCACGCAAUGCCCGAUUGCUCCGGGUGCUGAGUUUACCUACUUAUUUCGAGCGACACAAUUUGGAACGUCUUGGUAUCACUCACACUUUUCGAACCAGUAUGGUGAUGGAGUCGUUGGUGCUAUGGUCUUCAACGGUCCAGCUACCAGCAAUUACGACGUCGACCUGGGCCCAUACUCCCUGACAGACUGGUACUAUGCCACGGCAUUCGAGACUUCAAUGCAGUCCAUGAUAUCUCUCCAAACUCAAGGAGGUCCUCCGAAAGCCAACAACAUCCUAAUCAACGGAACGAACAAGAACGCGGCUGGAGGCGGAGCUUACAAUGAAGUCACAAUCACCAAGGGCAAGAAAUAUCGUCUUCGUCUCAUCAACAUGUCUGUCGAUCAAUACAUGCGGGUCUCACUCGACGGCCACAAGAUGACAGUCAUGACAUCCGACUUUGUUCCUAUCAAGCCUUAUGUGACGGAGACCCUGCUCAUUGCUAUUGGACAGCGCUACGACGUGAUCAUCACCGCCAACCAAACCGCCGGCUCCUACUUCUUCCGCGUCGAUCCCGCCGCCGACUGCUUCGCCGCAAACGACCACUUCGGCCGCGCAAUCUGGACCUACUCCGACGUCUCACCUUCCACGCCUCCCGAAAAUCCCUGGCCUGUACCCACAACCCAAUGCCUCGAACCGUCCGAAAUGGCGCCCUACUGGAAACAAGCCGUGCCAUCCAACUCCUUCUCCUCCGACGUCACCCGUCUGAACGUAAACAUCACCACGGGCGAAUUCCUUCCGGACCCAGACACGAUCGUGGUCUGGGCCAUCGACGACCAAAACAUCAACGUCAACUGGAGUCGACCGACCGUCUCGUUCGUCGACGAAGGCGACGCGGACUACACGCCCGAAAUGCACGUCAUGCAUCUCCAGGACGAGGGCAAGUGGAAUUACUACCUCAUCCAGCAGACGGGCUCGGCGCCUCCGAUCCCGCAUCCGAUCCAUUUGCAUGGGCAUGACUUUUUCGUUCUGGGUCAGGGAUCUACUGCGUGGGAUGGGACGGCGACGCUGAAUUUUGCGACGCCGCCGAGGAGGGAUACGGCGACGGUACCGGGUGGAGGGUGGUUGGCGAUUGCGUUCCCGUCCAAUAAUCCUGGAACGUGGCUCCUUCACUGCCACAUCGCAUUCCACAUCGGCGAGGGACUAGGCAUGCAAUUCAUCGAGGAGGCCGGAAAGAUUGUGAAGCCACAUGGAUAUGAUGAGACGUGUUCCUCGUGGAGGGCGUACGAAAAGGGCAUGUAUUAUCCCAAGCAUGAUUCGGGGCUGUGA